GCUCAAGCCAAAGAGUACUCGAGCGCGCACAGCUGCCGAAAAAGUAGAAACGGACAACCGAUAACCGAACCGCAGAGUAAAACAACGCCUGAGCCAAGUUAUAACCGUUUACUUUGGCUAUUUUCCGUACCGAUUUUAUAGGAGUCGUUAUUUGCUAGAUGCAUUGUUCAAUUGUAGUGUGCGGCUGAUGCGAUUGACGGUCGAUACGUCUAUCCGCACAAACCGAAAACAUUUCGGCCAACCGACCAUCGCAAUCUUGGCAACAGCAUUAGUGUCCAUAACAAGCCGUAUUGGUGACCGCGUACAACGCAAGACAAUUGAAAGAAUUUUAUUUUACUAACGGGUUGACGCACCGCAUAAUUGCAAAAACAAAUAGAUUCAUUAUAGAAAUAGUAAUAGGAGCGAGGUGAAGCAAACAAAAAAAAAAAAACAAAAGGAAACGCGCAGCGACGAAAGUCAACAAAAAAUCUAAAGUGCAUUCAAGUGAAGUCGAGGAAGACGAGUGUGUGAAAGGAAUGCGCCCGAUUGAUUUUUAAAUCUUGCAUUAAACUACAAAGUGACAAAACUUUUGUGCUGCUGACAAAGAAUUAAAAAAAAAGAAACACAAAAACAACUAGCAACAAGGUGCAUGCGCGCUGAUAACAGUUCGUUUUCCAAGGAGUCUUAGCUUUGGCUUUCAUGUACGCACAGCAAGCGCGCGCGCGGACCAAAAUGUGAAUUGCGUUCCCAACUAUGCAGAACAUAAAUAUUGAAACAUCCAACGCAUAAAACUGUUUUUUUUUUUUUAACAAAUCCCACAACCAAGUGUAGGUUCCCUCGAACGCUUCGUCACAAAAUUGCCGACCUUGGUUCGCCGCGUCCAAAGUGCUCGCGUCGUCUAAGUCCGUCGGUGUAUUGAAAUCGUCUUAUUUCAUCCGCGCGACCAGUGAACAGCCGCCAACAUAACGGCGCAAUUAUUGAACAGUUUCCUGAAGGGAUCGCCCCACCAGACGACGAUCGACAUCAUGCAAAAACUAUACGCGGAGGCGCCGAGCAACGGGCCUCCGGUCAGCAUGAGCAGCAGUGUCGGCGCUGGUAGUGGUGGUGGUUCUAGCAGCGGCGGAGGUGGUGGCACAAAUGCUGGUGGCGGCGGCGGUGGUGGAAGUGGCGGUGGCGGCGGUAAUCCUUCGAUUCCUCACUCAAACAUUCCAACCAGCAACGGCGGCACAAUGAGCCCGCUCGCCCGCAGCGCAUACACAGCUAUGAAUUCCAUGGCCAUGCCCGUUGGUGGCAUGUCCUCCGUUUCACCACAGACCGCCGCGUUUGGUGCACUCGAAUCCGCUGCGGCGGUGGCUAGCAUGAGCGGCGCCCACGCUAUGAACUCCAUGGCUGGCAACUGCAUGACGCCCAGCUCGAUGAGUUAUGCAUCGAUGGGCUCGCCACUGGGCAAUAUGGGAAAUUGCAUGGGCGGCGGCAUGUCAGCAAUGACGGCUAUGGGUGGCUACUCCUCCAUGGCGGCAGCAGCUAGCGCACGUGAACUAGACACGGGCUCGCCGAAUUCAUUAAAUCGUGCUCGUAUUGACAAACCGACCACCUACCGCCGGAGUUAUACACACGCUAAGCCGCCCUACUCGUACAUAUCGCUGAUCACAAUGGCGAUACAGAAUAAUCCGUCACGCAUGCUCACACUGUCGGAAAUCUAUCAGUUCAUUAUGGAUCUGUUUCCAUUCUACCGCCAGAACCAGCAGCGUUGGCAAAACUCUAUACGUCAUUCGUUGUCCUUCAACGAUUGUUUCGUGAAGAUACCACGCACACCAGACAAGCCCGGCAAGGGUUCCUUCUGGACGCUGCACCCUGAUUCCGGCAACAUGUUCGAGAAUGGUUGUUAUUUGCGGCGCCAAAAGCGCUUUAAGGACGAGAAGAAGGAGGCCCUACGACAGCUGCACAAGAGUCCGUCGCACAGUAGUCUGGAAGCGACGAGUCCUGGCAAGAAAGACCAUGAAGAUUCGCACCAUUUACACCACCAUCACAGCCGGCUGGAAAACCACCAACAGCAUCACCAUAGCAAAGAUAUAACGGGUGCAGCGGUGGGCGGCGCGGGCAGUGUACUCGGCAGCGCCGUUAGUCGAGACCAGUUGGCCAUGAUGCAAGCCAAUGCCGAGCUUUGCCUGGGCCAACAGGCGGCACAACAUGCGCCCAGCCACCACCAUCAGCAACAUCAUCAGCUGCAGCAUGAAGAGCUUUCGGUCAUGGUGAAUAGAUGCCAUCCAUCCUUGAUCAGCGACUACCACCCCUCCAUGCAUCAUCUGAAGCAAGAACCAUCCGGCUAUACGCCAUCCAGCCAUCCCUUCUCCAUCAACCGCCUCCUGCCGGAGUCCAAGGCGGACAUCAAGAUGUACGACAUGAGCCAAUAUCCCGGCUACAAUGCGCUCAGCCCAUUGACGAAUUCACACGCGGCCUUAGGACAGGAUUCGUACUACCAGAGUCUCGGGUAUCAUGCGCCAACCGGCACGACUAGCUUGUGACAUCACCAGUACCCAUUGGCUUAAGGGCGAGCUGACCAGAUGCUCCGCAGCGGCAGCUGCCGGUCUCAAUACGCUGCACAACAGCAACAUUGGCGGCAAUAUCGGUAGCAGUAGCGGCAGUGCCAGCGGCGCCGGCAACAGCAAUGGGAAUACACACGAUACACACCUGGACCAACAUCCCCAUCAUCAUCAUCAUCAUCACACCGGUGUUCAUCAUCACCACCACCAGCAGUUGGCGCAUCCACAUGCGGCACAUCAGCUGAUACAGCAACAACAACGCAAGGCUAUAUUAAGUCUAUGCAACAACACUACCAACAACAACAACAGCAACACAGCGCUGCUACCAGCGCAAGCGCGAGCGCGAGCGCGCAAAAGCUUAGCACGCAUCAGCAACAACUGUUGCAGAGUCAAUUGACGCCACCCGAGCUGCAGGAUGAUGCCUCCAAUAUCACAACUGAUUUGAAUGAGGAACAACAAUUGCAGUUGCAGCAAGUAGCACAGCAACAGCAUCAACAACUGUACAAUAAUUACCAGCAAUAUGCGGCUGCCGCCAGCUAUCGCAACUGGAAUCACGGACUGGCGCUAAACGGAGCGGCGGCGCUGCAAAACCUGCUCUAGUGCUGCAAGCGCUAAAUGGGUUACCAAUAACAAAGCGAGGCUUUGUUGCCUGACUGGACGGGACUGCACUGUGUACUGGCGGUGAGCUAAUGGCGGCAACGCGAAGGUGAGAAAUAGUGCAGCAUUGUUGCGUCCGUCUGCUAAAAACGCGCGCCGUGCGCUGUGUGAAAUGUGAUUAGCGAGCAAAUGCGGACGCGCGUACAAAAGCUGGGAACGGCGGGCGCGCGCUUAUCAAAUUUGCAAGU